AAAAAAAAAAAAAAUAGGAUUCAAAGCUUACUUUAUUUAAUUAGGUAAGCAGAGUUACAUAUGUCAGAAUCAUCCCUUAUUCUCUAGUAAACGAAUACAAUAUAUUCCAAUUUAAUUAUUCAGGUAUACUCCUAAGCAGCCGUUGCCGGAUAGUCGCCGUCAACGGCCGAAUUCUCCGAACUGUCGAUCCAAUACUACCACUGGAACUAGAGUUUACGGUGAAAAUCCCUCUCUCGAAUUUUCCGUUGACGAACCGAACAAAUCCUUAAGCUUGUUUCUCACCACCACUUCCUUUUAUCCGGCGAAUAUCUGUCGCUGAAAAUCCGAUCUGGCGACGCAUCGUUCUCGGACAAUAGCCGUCGAUCACUUCCUCGGUCGCUGCCGGUGUUGCCGCUGCGGGUGAGGAGCAUGCGGAGAGUUUUACGGCGGCAGAGGUGAAUGACUGGGCUAGUUUUUGCGCUUCGAGUUGGGCUUCCUGCUGCUACAGCAAAUUGGGUCGCUAAUAGCUUGAAUUUUUGCAGAGUUGCCAUAAUUGGAAGGUGAAAAAAAGGGCUAGGGGACGGCCAUGGAUUAGAUUCUGUGUUUUCGGUCUAAAGAUUUACUAAAAAAUCGUCCCUGAAUUCUUUCAUUCUCACCAACCCUUAAUUCAUCAAAUGGAUACUCAAUUAGUUCGAGGAGAAUCAUCUCACUUCUCUUAUGAAGUAUUCCUCAGUUUUAGAGGUUAAGAUACCCGAAAAACAUUCACUGGCCAUCUUUAUUCCAAGUUGUCUGAUGUUGGGGUUAAUACCUUCAUUGACGAUGAGGAAUUGAGAAAGGGUGAUGUGAUUUCAAGUAAACUAGAGAAAGCAAUGGAAGAGUCAAGAAUUUCCAUUAUUGUUUUCUCAAGAAAUUAUGCUUCCUCUAGUUGGUGUCUAAAUGAACUAGUUAAAAUUCUCGAAUGCAAAGAGAAAUUAAAGCAGAUGGUUUUGCCUAUUUUCUAUGAUGUUGAUCCUUCUGAGGUACGAAAGCAAACUGGGUUAUUUGGGAAAGCUUUGGCUAAACAUAAGGAACGAUCAUUUGGAGCUCAAAGGGUGGAGAAAUGGAGAGCUGCACUUACUGAAGCUGCAAAUUUAUCUGGAUGGGAUUUGCAAAAUGUUGCUGACGGGCAUGAAUCAAAGUUUAUUGAAAAAAUUAUACAGCAAGUUCUACAAGAGGUCAACCAGACACCUCUAGAUGUUGCUUGGCACCCGGUUAGAGGAGAUUCUCAUGUUAAAGAUAUAGAGUUGUUAUUGCAAAAUGAAUAUGAAGAUGAAGUUCGAAUUAUUGGUAUUCACAGAGUUGGUGGCAUAAGGAAAACAACUCUGGCAGAAGCUAUCUAUAAUCGAAUGUUUCGACUCUUCGAUAGCAGUUGCUUCCUUUCAGAUGUUAGAUCAGAAGUUGAAGAAUUUGGUCUUGUCAAGCUACAAGAGAAACUUCUUCAACAAGUUCUCAAAAUCGAGGACAUCAAAGUUGGCAGUGUUGCUCAAGGCGUUAAUCUAAUCAAAGCAAGACUUGGGUCAAAGAAGGUUCUAAUUGUUCUUGAUGAUGUGGACCAUAAAAGACAGUUAGAAGCCUUAACAAGAGAAAGAAGUUGGUUUGGUUCAGGUAGUUUAAUAAUCAUUACCACCCGUGACGAGCGAUUGCUAUGUCGGAUUGCAGAAAAAGAGAGAUAUGAGGCCAAACUAUUAAAUGGCAAUGAAGCUAUGUUACUUUUUUGUUGGCAUGCUUUUGACAGUGAUUUUCCACCACAAGAUUAUGUUAAUUUGGCACACGACAUAAUCGAAUAUUCAGGUAGGCUGCCUUUAGCUCUUGUGACAUUGGGGUCACAUUUACAAGGAAGUUCUGUAGAAGAAUGGGGAUAUGAAUUAGAAAAACUAAGAGCAAUUCCUCAUUGUGAUAUCCAAAAGAUUCUCAAGAUAAGCUUUGAUGGGCUUGAUGGAGAAACACAGAUUGUUUUCCUCGAUAUUGCAUGCGCCUUCCAUGGGUUUGAUGAGCAUGAAGUUACUGAAAUAUUAAAUGCAUGUGGUUUUCAUUCUAAAAUUGCAAUUGCAACUUUAGUCCAAAAACACUUGCUCCAAAGAACUCCGUAUCAUUUGGUGAUGCAUGAUCUAGUGCGAGAUAUGGGAAGAGAAAUCGUUCGCUUGGAAUCACCUCGAGACCCCGGAAAACGAAGUAGAUUGUUCAUCCCUCGAGAAGUUCGUGAUGUUCUACAAGGAAAUGAAGGUUCCGAAAAUGUAGAAGUACUGAAGGUAGAUCGAGGGACAUUAAACGGAGUGAACUUGAGCACCAAAGCAUUUGAACAAAUGAAAAACCUUAGGGUUCUUAUAAUGGAUGAGUUACAUAUUAGUGGAGAUUUUGGGUUGUUGUCCAAGAAGCUCAGAUGGUUGUCUUGGAAAAAAUGUCCUUUAAAAUGUAUACCAUCAAAUCUUCCAGCUGAGAAUCUUGUAGUUCUAUAUAUGCGGGAGAGUGAUAUCCAAGAAUUUCAAUUGAAUUUGCAGUGUUGUAAAAGUUUGAAGGAGCUGAAUCUCUCUCAUUGCAAGCAACUGAGAAGCACUCCAAACUUCAAUGGUUCACUGAGUCUUGAGACUUUGCAUCUCUAUGGUUGCUCAAGUCUGACGGAGAUCCAUCCAUCAAUAGGAAAUUUGUUCAGACUAAGUUAUCUAUAUAUAGACGGUUGCAAAAGACUUACGGAUCUUCCAAGCAGCAUAUGCCAGCUAAUAUCCGUUGAUUACUUGAGCAUUAGUAACUGCUCAUCAAUAAAAACACUGCCAGAUAACGUUGGAGAUAUGAAAAGUCUAAGAUGUCUUGAUGCAUCUGAUACUGGUAUAAAACAAUUGCCUAGAUCCGUUGAAAUGCUAAGAAAUCUUGAAAGAUUGGAUGUGGGAGGUCGAAAUUUAGAGGCCAAAAGGAGUAUUUAUAGAAGAGGAGUCCAUCGGAUACAAUACUCCUUGCCAACUUUUGUAUACGAUUUGAGCCUUACAUACUGUAAUUUGUCCGAGGCUGAUAUUCCUAGGAAUAUUGGGAGCUUAUCCUCCUUAAAAUAUAUAGAUUUGAGCGGCAAGAGUUUCCAUUGUCUACCCAUUGAUUUUUCUAAGUUACGAUUGUUGGAGAAGUUAAGUUUGAAGGACUGUGAGAAUCUCCAAACACUCCUGUCAGUAUCAAAUUUAGAGAAUCUUUAUACAAUUAAACUUGAGAAUUGCCGAAAAUUGGUCAAGAUUAUAGAGUUGGACAACCUCCCUUCUAUAGAGCAGAUUAAUAUGAUUAAUUGUAAUUCUCUGCAGAAUCCAUUCAAUGAAGGCUUCUUUAGUGCACCUGCUCUAUAUGCAUCUAGAAAUGAUCGAUAUAUGAUGCAGGCUACUGUUAGAAUUUAUCUCGAAUGUGAUGAGAUUCCAGAAUGGUGCAGGAAUCAAGUAACAGCUUCAUCUAUGUGUUUGACUUUGCCAACACAUAAUAAUGAGGAGUAUCACUUCUUAGGAAUGGUUCUCUGGUUUGUUUCCGACUUGCUCGAUGUAGUCCCGUAUAAUCCAUUCUUCAAGAUUAGUAUUGCCCAUGGAAAGCCUUCAUCGAUUUUUGUUCUUCGUUUGUUUCUUCCGACGGAAGAAAAUAUUUAUAUUCAGAGAUCACUGCUUGAUAAAAUAAAUUAAAUACCUUAGUGGUAUGGAAAUUUUGUUCUUCUGCUGUUU